AUGAAUGAUCCAACAACAACAAUAGAUUUUGGAGAGGGCAAAGCAACAAUAAGAGGAUUGGAGUAUAAUUUGGAACCUCAUCAACACUUUUCAAUGCUAUCUCGUGAUCACCACAAAACAGAAGGUCUCUUCCUCGAUACAUGGACUUUGGAAAGGGAUGUUGCGUGA